GCCGGGUGCGUACGCGCAAUGUAAUUUCCCGUGCACCGCCAACAUUUUCUUGUCCAGGUAUAAAUUUAAAAAACGCUUUUGACGCGGUGGUACCGCGACUUCUUCGGAUCUAGUACGAGUCGGAAAUCAGGAAUUUCUUCACGAAGUGGUGGUGCUAUAAAUCUAGGGAAUCGCUUCAUGCAAACUUGCACCACGUGCGGGUGAAAGUACAUAGUGCGUAGAUACACUUGGCGGGAGAUACGUCAUCAGCUACACGAAAAUAAUUUCAAGGCUGGCUACGCAGACGUUUUUAUUGUAUCGACUUUGGCCCAUAAUGGUAAAAAGAAAGAAAACAGGUGGGUUUGUCCCAUCAACACAAUCGUCGGUCUCUCGUCGUCCGUAAAAGCAGGCCUUCAACCACUUGAAAAGUUCGAAAAUCCCUCGAAAAACUCGCAUUCGCCGUCUAUGGCGCGUGCGCAUCGAUAAUAUGCGAAAAUCCAGACACCCGACUGUUGUUUUGUGUUGGUCGUGUUGACUGUGUUGACUGUUAUCCAAAACAAGUGCAAGUGAAUGUGAAAGACAUUCGUCAAAAAAUUCGUGUAUUGAAACAGUUUUGUGUCAUGUGUGGCGUUUUUUUCAAAAGUAUUGCUAGAUUGAAUAUUUAUAAACUAGUGUAUUUUGAGUGACAAAUACGUAGCGAAGAUAAAAAGCGAGGCGACUAAGUCAUGUCUGCAGAAACAGAGCUGACGAUGCAAACGGGACUGUCUCCAGUCUUACUACCAGAUAUGACUACCUUGAGUCUAAUUAGUCACAGAACCCAAACGACACAUCUUGCAGCGCAUCCACCACCAGCACCACAUCCGAAUAUGCAGACCAAUCCCAACAAAGCUUGGCAGACCAGUCCUCCUAGACAGACAAGCCCUACCUCCCAAACCACAUUUGCAGAAUCUUUGGCAGCGGGUGCAUCAUCAACCGCCUUAGGUGCCACAAGUACAGCAGUUGCGUUACCAGGAACUGGUGCAGUAGCUGCAGUAUCCCCUCCGGUCGAGCCCCCCGUCUUUCAAUGUCCGCGAAGGCCGAAUCUCGGCCGCGAAGGUCGGCCCAUCGGCCUCAAGGCCAACCAUUUUCAAAUCACCAUGCCAAGAGGGUUCGUGCAUCACUAUGACGUCAAUAUACAACCUGAUAAGUGCCCAAGAAAGGUUAAUAGAGAAAUUAUAGAAACCAUGGUAAAAGCAUAUGGUAAAAUAUUCGGCAAUUUAAAACCAGUAUUCGAUGGCAGGAACAACCUCUACACCCGUGACCCGCUACCUAUCGGCAAUGCCAGGGAGGAACUCGAAGUCACUUUACCCGGUGAAGGAAAAGACAGACUUUUUCGUGUUAGUAUAAAAUGGGUGGCUCAAGUAUCUCUCUAUGGCCUAGAAGAAGCCCUGGAAGGUAGAACGAGGCAGAUACCGUACGAGGCUAUUCUAGCUCUGGAUGUAGUCAUGAGGCAUUUGCCUUCUAUGAGUUACACGCCAGUUGGAAGAAGUUUUUUUAGUAGUCCUGAAGGGUAUUAUCAUCCUUUAGGUGGUGGAAGAGAAGUGUGGUUUGGUUUCCAUCAAUCAGUUCGACCUAGUCAAUGGAAAAUGAUGCUCAAUAUUGAUGUGUCUGCAACGGCAUUCUAUAAAGCGCAACCUGUGAUAGAGUUUAUGUGCGAGGUACUCGACAUAAGGGACAUUAACGAACAGAGGAAACCUCUGACUGACAGCCAGCGUGUUAAAUUUACUAAAGAAAUUAAAGGGCUCAAAAUCGAAAUUACUCAUUGUGGGGCGAUGAGGAGAAAAUACCGUGUAUGCAACGUGACGAGGCGGCCUGCACAAAUGCAAUCAUUCCCUCUUCAGUUGGAGAACGGCCAGACUGUUGAGUGUACAGUAGCAAAAUAUUUCUUGGACAAAUACAAAAUGAAAUUGAGAUAUCCUCAUUUGCCGUGCCUCCAGGUUGGCCAAGAACACAAGCACACUUACCUACCAUUAGAAGUUUGUAAUAUUGUCGCCGGCCAGAGAUGUAUUAAAAAAUUGACGGAUAUGCAAACUUCGACAAUGAUCAAGGCAACUGCAAGAUCUGCACCGGAUCGUGAACGCGAGAUAAACAACUUAGUACGACGAGCGGACUUCAACAACGACGAAUACGUUCAGGAAUUCGGUCUAACCAUCAGCAAUAACAUGAUGGAAGUGAGGGGUAGGGUAUUGCCACCGCCAAAACUUCAAUAUGGCGGCAGGGUGGCUUCCCUCAGCGGACAGGUGGGCUGGCACAGUAAACAACAGGCGAUGCCUAACCAGGGCGUUUGGGACAUGAGAGGCAAACAGUUCUUUACCGGCGUUGAGAUAAGGGUAUGGGCCAUCGCAUGCUUUGCACCACAACGUACUGUUAGGGAGGAUGCCUUGAGAAAUUUUACUCAACAACUCCAAAAAAUCUCGAACGACGCCGGUAUGCCAAUUAUUGGACAGCCGUGUUUUUGUAAAUAUGCCACCGGUCCUGAUCAAGUGGAACCAAUGUUUCGCUAUUUAAAGUCCACCUUCCAGGCCUUGCAGCUUGUCGUCGUAGUAUUACCAGGAAAAACUCCAGUUUAUGCUGAAGUGAAAAGAGUCGGUGAUACUGUAUUGGGAAUGGCCACCCAAUGUGUUCAAGCUAAAAAUGUCAAUAAGACUUCCCCACAAACACUGUCCAAUUUAUGCCUGAAAAUUAAUGUUAAGCUGGGAGGAAUUAACAGCAUUUUAGUGCCAUCAAUUAGACCAAAGAUUUUCAACGAACCCGUAAUUUUCCUGGGCGCGGACGUUACUCAUCCGCCUGCGGGCGACAACAAGAAACCUUCCAUAGCGGCCGUGGUGGGUUCCAUGGACGCCCAUCCGUCCCGUUACGCUGCUACAGUGCGCGUCCAACAACAUCGACAAGAAAUCAUCCAGGAACUCAGCUCGAUGGUCCGCGAAUUGUUAAUCAUGUUCUACAAAUCCACGGGUGGUUAUAAACCACAUCGGAUCAUUUUGUACCGGGACGGCGUAUCCGAAGGACAAUUUUUACAGUUGUUGCAGCAUGAACUUACCGCUAUUCGAGAGGCUUGUAUAAAACUGGAAGCUGAUUACAAACCGGGUAUUACAUUCAUAGUGGUCCAGAAAAGACAUCACACUAGGCUGUUCUGUUCGGACAAAAAAGAACAAAGCGGAAAAAGUGGAAACAUCCCAGCAGGAACAACCGUCGAUGUUGGUAUUACUCAUCCGACGGAGUUCGAUUUUUAUUUGUGCAGUCAUCAAGGUAUCCAGGGAACCUCGAGACCUUCGCACUAUCACGUACUAUGGGACGAUUCACAUUUGGAUUCGGACGAGUUACAAUGUUUGACGUAUCAGUUAUGUCACACAUAUGUCAGGUGUACGAGGUCCGUUUCCAUCCCCGCCCCCGCUUACUAUGCACAUUUGGUCGCGUUCAGGGCGCGGUAUCAUCUGGUAGAGAAGGAACAUGACAGUGGUGAAGGAUCGCACCAGUCUGGCUCUUCCGAGGACAGAACGCCGGGAGCCAUGGCCAGAGCCAUCACCGUUCACGCCGAUACCAAAAAGGUCAUGUACUUCGCCUAAAUAUGCGGCGACGAUGCCAAAUUUACGGAUAGUACAACGCCUAUAAUCACCAUACUAGUUUUGACCAAAAUCUCGAUAUACAGGAUGGAAUUAAGAAAAAAAAAAUGCAUAGUUUGAAGCGGUGGUACAAUGUUAUAAUCGUACGUUUUUUUAUUUACUUUUCCAAAUGAUUUAUGUUUAUACAAAAAAAAAACUAUUGUGUUUAGAAAAAUGAUUACUAAUGCAGCGCUUAGACAGCAGCUUUAGUAAGAUUUUCGAUCUAUCAGAUAACCAUUUUGUUUUUUUGUUUAUUGUGACGUUCCAUUUUAUCUUUUAUCGACAUUAUUUAAUAUUUGAUAGAUUUAAAAUUUAUACCUACAAUUUAAUACCUCGUUACGAAUAUUGAUAAUUCGUAUCGGGGCGGAAUCAUAUUUUUGUGUAAUUUUUUUAUGUAAAAAAAAUCGCACGGCAAUUUAAUAAUUCCUUUUUACGCGUUUAAUAUUCCAAUAAAAAUACCAAAGCUGUUGGUAAUUUUUUUUACCAAUUAUCCAUGCACGAUAAUCGUUCAAUAAUUUGUUGGUUUUAUAUUUAUAUUUAGAUGGUAGUAGUAUGUAGAUUUUUCUAAUUUUCAGCCCAGUCUGUGUAAAAUUUACGAUUGUAUGUUAAUGCAAGUUUUUAAAAGCCCUUGAGGAAAUUCGUUUUGAAGGUUUUUAUGUACAAUCUAACCAAAUGGCUUGGUCCGCGGCGCACCUUGUACGAUAUAUAAAAAAUGGACUAAGUUGCAUUGCAAAGUUAAAAUGGUUUAAUUUAAUGGUACUUGUUUAAUACAAAAAAAUAAUAGGUACGGUCAAGUGGGGUAACUUUGGACGAUUUUUAAAGUUUUUCAGGAUAGGAAAAAAAGUGGAAGAUGAAAAAAUCGGAAAAAAAUAAUUUAUGACUUUAAUAUUUGCUUUAUGUAUGAUAUACAUAACAGUUUUAAAAAUGAAUGCAUGCAUUUUUUUUAGAUGGAGUAAUUUUGGACUGCAGUGGGGUAACUGCACCUAAAUCGAACGUAAAUUGAAGUUAUUUCUUGCAUUUAGUAAAUUCGGACACCAAAAAUAAAAAUAAAAAAAUAAUAAUAAUUAAAGAUUUUUACUGUGUAUUGUAAGAAAUGGAUAUAAAACAUGUUUAUUGACCAGAAAAUACAAAUUUAAAUCUAUUUACUCAUCUAUCCUUUCCCGAAAUAUUUCCGUUCCUAAUAUCUGUCAUAUGAAUGAGAAAUUCCCAUUCUGCCACUUUUUAAUUCCAUCAAUCAAAAAUCUUACUUCUUCAUUACUUGCGUACAUUUGCGUUAGUACAUUUAUGACAAAUUUUGCCGACCCUGUAUACUUAAUUUUUUACCUUGGCAUUCUCGAUAAUAUUUGUAAGGCCUUUUUUCCAACCUUCUUUUGUGGUAUCUUACUAUUUUUAAGGUGUUUUAGUUGACCCUACAAAAAGACGACUUUUUUUAACAGACUUCAAAAAACGAGGAGGUUCUCAAUUCGUCAGAAUAUUUUUUUUUAUGUAUGUUCACCGAUAAUUCUUUACCACCUUGUCCGAUUUCUAUGAUUCUUUUUGUUAGUAAGGGGAUACCUCAGGGGUGGUCCCAUAUAAAUUUGGUCAAGAUCUGGUGAUGACAUCUGCACGAUUUUUAAGUCUGUUUUUUAAAAUUUCUUUUAAACUUGUUAUUUAAAUAUAUUUUUAUUAUUAUUAAAAUUUAUCUUUAAAUAUGGUCAAAAUGUAGUUAGUAUCUUUCUUUAGUAAAACAAAUGCUUAUUUUAAGCUUUGUUAUUCGAAUUUAAGAUUUACACAUGUUUAUAAUUCACAUUUUCUAAAAAAAAUAUGUUUCAUAUUUGUUUAUGUGAACUGACCUUUAAAAUUACGCCACAACAACAGGUUGACAAUUUGAUUGAAGAUUGGAUCUAUAUUGACCACAUUUACCAUACCAUGUUCAGUUUCUAACUAAGACAUGGCGGUACCAGUGAAUUUGUACUGGUUGUCCAAAGUUACCCCACUUGACGGUACUUUUUUGAAUGUCUUGGAAAGUUUUG